CUCCACUGUCAAAUAGAUUUCUCGCUGUUGGUCUUUGUUGCUUUCACCGGUUUUGUUCAUAAAACGCGAAAAUCAACAUUUCACUGGAUUAUCGUUCUAAUCAAAUCGCAACGAUGGAUGAAAGGCUCUAUGGAUCUUUGCCCAAUGCCCCCUCGGAAUACCUCCAACAAUGGGUUCAGUCAGCUCAGCAACAUCUGCAAGCCCUUCAGGCUCAGUAUCCCCACAUGGCUAAUGGCAAUGCUGCCUUUAUGAUGGAAGGACCCAGAGAAGAAGGGGGCAUGCAGCAGUUGCCCUUACACCCAGAAGAUGCUGCCCAACAGGAGCCUUGUACUCCACAGCAAGCACCUGCUAAAGGUAAGAGAGGAAGACCAGUGAGCAAAGAACCUAAAGUUAAAGCUAAACCUGGACCCAAACCCAAAAAAGCCAAGGAGGAUAAGGAGGCCCCACCUGCUGAGGGACAGGAGAAGAUAGAUGGGACAUUUAAGAAAGUGAGGAGGAAAGUUGAUCGCUUUAAGGGCAUGUCAGAAGAGGAAGUCAUGAAGAAGACACUGCCUGACAUCCUUACCUACAACCUUGACUAUGUAAUUAUUGGAAUUAAUCCAGGGUUGAUGGCAGCCUAUAUCGGAAGAUGGUUCCCUGGACCAGGAAACCAUUUUUGGAAGUGUCUUUUCCUGUCAGGAUUCACAGAGAAGCUCCUAAAUCACAUGGAUGAUGAGAGUUUGCCUGAGAAAUAUGGCAUUGGCUUCACAAAUAUGGUGGCAAGAGCGACGCCAGGAAGCAAAGAUCUCUCAAGUAAGGAGCUUCGAGAAGGAGGAAAAAUCCUAGUGGAAAAAAUAAAGAAAUUCAAGCCACUCAUAGCAGUUUUUAAUGGGAAAUGUAUUUAUGAAAUGUUCUGCAGAGAGCUAUUUGGGAAAAAGCCUAAAACGCUUGAAUUUGGCCUACAGCCUCACAAGAUUCCAGACUCUGAGACAGCGUUGUACCUGAUGCCUUCUUCCAGUGCUCGCUGUGCUCAGUUCCCACGUGCUCAGGACAAAGUGCAUUUUUACAUCAAGUUGCGAGAGCUCCGGGAUCAGCUGAAGGGUGUGAUCAAGAGCAAGGAGAUUGAGGAAGUGAACUAUAGCUUUGAUCUCGGCUUGGCCAAAGAGGAUGCUAAGAGGAUUGCUGUCAAGGAGGAGCAGUAUGAUCCUGGUUAUGAGGCAGCUUUUGGGGGAACUUAUGGAGAGCCCCCACCUGAAAUGGGCCAAAGCAAUGGAUAUUGUAACUUCUCCACAUCCGAGGAGACAGCACAAGCAGCUGAGAAGCCACCUACGAAUCCAAAAGCAGUCGCCCAAGAUCAUGAUGGUCAGUGGAUGAUGCAAUCUUUUGCUGAUCAGAUUCCAGACAUCGGCAGCUCCUCUCAAGCCCAAACCUGGGGUGUAUGAGGACGGGCCAGAGCGUGGGACUUCAUAUGAAGCCUGUUUGGGGGAGUUCAUGUGCUCUUCUGAGGAUCCCAUGCCUCUUAUCAGCUCUUAGAACUUAAUUCUGGAUUCUUAAAGCACUGGUUUCUUUCCCAUGCUAUACUGUGACAGCCUGUUACAUUUUAUUUACGCAAUCUGUGAUUUGUGUGCUAUGCCACAUUGAAUAGAUGGAUGGGACUUCAGGAUUCAUUUGAACAAUCGCAGUGAAUCAACUUGCACAAGGAGAAUCCAAUGGCUGCUACGCUCAGACUUUACCUCAGAACUUCAAUUGGAGGCCCUUAAGAUCUUUGAUAUCUCUUUAACAAAGAAGAGAGUGUUUAAGAACUCUUUUUGAAAUGAAUUUCAAUUAGAACUUUUAGGUAGUUGCAUUUCUAUGGAAUUGGAAUAUAUACUCAUCUUUAACAUUAAUUGUUUAGAGUAAACUUUUAGUUUAGUGUACAAAGUUCUGAGCACUGGUUUAUUACAUUACUUGUGAAAUCAGGGACUGAUUCUUGAUUUGUUAAUACAGAGAGUAUUUCAUUUGAUAUUUUUAAAUGGGACGCACCAUGUUGUAUCCUUGUGUAGUAAUAUUUCAGAUAUCUCUACACAAUCCUUUUAUGGCCUCAGUUUUAAAGACAGUUUACUUCAUAAUGUUAAACCCAGCUGAAUAAGGUAAACAAUGUUUUGUUUCAAUUUAAAGUGUCAUCAUGUGUCAUAUGAGGUGUUUUUAAAUGUUGGAAGAUGCCACCUUGAUGGUUUUAGAUGGAAAUGUUUGAAAUGCCACUGCAAGAAACUGUAAGUUACAGUUAAGUAUGAUUGUUCAUUUGGACGAACACUGAACCAUGUUACAAGUAAGGAAGCAUGUUAUCAAAGUUUAUAAACUGUUCGCAACCACCUCUCUGUCUUCUACAGUACUGUAAAUCACAAUAGAGUGUGACGGAUUAUACAAGUGAAGAUGGCUAAACAAAUUUUGAAUAUGCCAUAAAUUGAGUUCUCCAAAUGCUUUUAAUUGGUGCUCUUUUUUUUAAACUCACUGUAAACAUGAUUAUCUUUUUUGGUUAAUUAAAAUACAA